ACAACCCAACUCCACAAAUCAAUCACCACUGUCCCUGAGGCUGGCUUGCAUGGAUUGCAUGGACUGAUGUCUCGUCUUUUAAAAACAGCCGAUCGAAGAGAAUUCAUCAAAAUCUCGCAAGCAGUUGGCAUGGGCUUCCUGAUCAUGGGCGCCAUCGGCUACUUCAUCAAAUUGAUACACAUUCCAGUGAACAACGUGCUGGUGGGAUGA